GGGAAAGCAACAGAGCGCACGCACACGCACAUUACGGAGCUGCGCUUCCCACAGACAGACGCUCACUCCCUUUCAACCUCAUCACCCUAUAUACCUUCAAGUGGAUGUAUGCAACAGAUUCAGCAGUGGAAGAAAAUAUCUGCGUUUGGGUUGAAAUGAUGUUUUCCUAAGAAAAAGAGAGAAGGGACUGUUUUUUGCUUCUUCUUUUUUCUUCAUAAGACACACAGGAUAUACGGCACAGUCGGAGGGACCCAAGGAAAUACAAUGAGCGGCGUACUAUAACGACAUUUUCCAAACUCUCUGUUGUGGAAAUAUUUGCCUUUUCCCUGGGCACUGAACACGGGAACGAAAAUGAUUCCAACCGCGGGCAGCACAUCAUUUUGCACUUCUUUUUUGAAACUUCUUCUUUUGUCUACAUUAGUGUACUACAGCUCGUGUAUGACUUUGAAAUACAAAGUUUACGAGGAACAAAGAGUGGGAACAGUAAUCGCACGACUGAAAGAAGAUGUGUCAUCUUAUCUAUCUAAACUACCAAGGUCAGUUACCCCGUUAUUUCGAGCCAUGCAAGGGGGGAGCACUCCAUUCCUUUCCGUGAAGGAGGAAGACGGGGAAAUAAGCGUCGGGACCAAAAUUGACCGGGAAAAGCUUUGCGAGAAAAAUCUCAAUUGUUCUAUCGAAUUCGACGUGGUCACCCUGCCAACAGAAUACUUCCAGUUGUUUCAUGUCGAAGUGGAAGUGUUGGAUAUAAACGACAAUUCUCCGCAGUUUUCCCGUGCCAUCAUACCCAUAGAGAUCUCGGAGAGCGUCCCACUGGGAACGCGCGUCGCCCUGGACAGCGCCACGGACCCAGACGUUGGGGAGAACGCACUUCACACGUACUCUCUGACGCCCAAUAACUUUUUUAAAAUCGACAUUCGGACAAGGACAGAUGGUGCACGAUAUGCGGAGCUGGUGGUUAUCAAGGAACUGGACCGAGAAGUGCAAGCCAGCUACCAGCUACAGCUGACCGCGUCCGACGCAGGAAUACCACCGAAGACGGGCACAACACUUCUUAAAAUUAGCAUAUCCGAUUCCAACGACAACAGUCCGGUUUUCGACGAACAGGCGUACGUUGUUGACUUGUUAGAAAAUUCGCCUUUGGGCACACUGCUGGUCGACCUCAACGCCACUGACCCAGAUGAAGGAAGUAACGGGAGGAUUAUAUACUCCUUCAGCAGUCACGUCUCGCCUAAAAUCCUGGAGACGUUCAAAAUCAACCCGGACAACGGCCAAAUCACUCUCAUAAAGAAAGUGGACUAUGAGCAGACAGCCUCCUAUGAAGUUGACGUGCAAGCUCAGGAUAUGGGACCCAACUCCAUCCCUGGGCACUGCAAGAUCAUCAUCAGAGUGGUGGAUGUGAAUGACAACAAACCCAAGAUCAACAUCAACCUUAUGACCCAGGGGAAAGAGGCUGUGGCCUACAUCUCGGAAGCUGCCCCUGUGGAUACAUUUAUCGCCCUGGUGCGCGUGGACGACAGCGACUCUGGCCUCAAUGGCGAGGUGGUGUGCAAGCUCCAUGGCCAUGGCCACUUCAAGCUCCAGAAGACAAAUGAGAAGAACUACAUGAUCCUCACCAACGUCUCUCUGGACCGGGAGAAGCGCUCUGAGUACAGCCUGACGGUGAUCGCAGAGGACCGCGGUUCCCCAAGCCUUUCCACCAUCAAGCACUUCACCGUGCAGGUUCUGGACGAGAAUGACAACCCACCAGCGUUUGAGAAAAGCCGCUACGAGAUCUUCAAGUCGGAGAACAACUCGCCCGGGGCCUACCUGACCUCCGUGGUGGCCACUGACCCAGACCUUGAUGGCAAUGGCCAGGUGACCUACACCAUCCUGGAGAGCUCCAUUCAGGGCAGCUCCAUCUCCACCUACGUCACCAUUGACCUGUCCAAUGGCGCCAUCUAUGCCCUGCGCAGCUUCGACCGCGAGGAUGUGGGCCGCAUCUCCUUCACGGUGCAGGCCCGGGACAACGGUGCCACCACCCAGCUCAGCUCCAACACAACGGUGGUGCUGACCGUGCUGGAUGAGAACGAUAACCCACCCGUCAUUGCCGCCCCCAUGCUGCACAACCACACUGCCGAUGUGCCGCUCUGGAGGUACGCCGAGCCAGGACACUUGGUGACCGUCAUCCAGGCUACGGACCGCGAUGCCGGGGCCAACGCCGAGCUAAGCUGCUCCAUCACCGGUGGCAACCAGGAGGGCCUGUUUGUCAUGGACGCCAAGCGCUGCGAGAUCCGCACCAACGCCAGCGUGGAUGGACUAGGCCGCGACGGGUUUGAAGUCGCCAUCUUGGUACAGGACAGGGGGACCCCCACCCGACUGUCCACCCGAGCCCUCCUCCGCAUCCACCUGCAGGAAAACCUGGAGAGUCAUGCUCUGCCUCCGCCCGACCAGCCUACCCUGGACGUCUCCAUGAUCAUCAUCAUCUCUCUGGGCGCCAUCUGCGCCGUGCUGCUGGUGGUGAUGGUGAUGUUUGCCACGCGCUGCUCUCGCGAGCAGAAGGACCCGCGCCACUCGUACAACUGCCGUGUGGCUGAGUCCACCUACCAGAACCACCCCAAAAAGCCGGCCCGACAGAUCCACAAAGGUGACAUCACCCUGGUGCCCACCGUCAACGGCACCCUGCCCGUGCGGGCACACCACUGUUCGCCCUCGGCCUCUCCCAGCCCUGCCGACCGGGGACAGAUGGGCAGCCGCCAGAGCCACCACAGCCGCCAGUCGCUCAACAGCCUGGUGACCAUCUCCUCCAAUCACGUGCCGGAGAGCUUCGCCCUGGAACUGGCUCAUGCCACGCCCCCAGUAGAGGUGAGGAAGCUACCUCAAGUCUCACAGCUUCUGUCCAUGCUCCAUCAGGGCCAGUAUCAACCCAGACCCAGUUUCCGUGGAAACAAAUACACCAGGAGCUACAGGUACGCCUUGAACGAGAUGGACAAGUUCAGCCUAAAGGAUAGCGGGCGUGGGGACAGCGAGGCCGGGGACAGUGACUGUGAGAUGGGCCGCGAGUCACCACUGAUGGGAGAGGGGGGCUACCACGAACUCUUCACCCCUGAUGGACAGCCCAGACCUCACCCAGCCAUGAAACUGUGCACGGAGGAGUGUCGUGUCCUGGGCCACUCCGACCAGUGCUGGAUGCCUCCACUCGCCUCCCCGGCCUCCUCAGACUACCGCAGCAACCUGUACAUCCCCGGCGAGGAGAACCCUCAGCAGCCGCCCGUCCCCGAGACGCCGCAGGCCACCCUGGACACCCUCCAGCGCAAGAAGAGCUUCUCCACGUUCGGCAAGGAGACGUCCGCCGGCGACCGCGUCCCCGAGGGCGAGGAGGCGGAGGAGGCCGUGGAGGACCUGUGCGGCACCUCGCUGCUCUCCGAGAUGAACAGCGUCUUCCAGAGGCUGCUGCCGCCCUCCAUGGACACGUACGGCGAGUGCAACGAGGUGUCGGUGGAGCAGGAGAGGCCGCCGGUGGUGCAGCGCACCAGCGGGGGACCCGUGGGUAUGGGCUCCCUGGAGAGGAGGAAGGGCCACCUACCGGGCAAGCCCAAUGCGGCUAGCUACCAGCAAGGCGUGGUGGCGGCCUGGGCGGCCAACACGCACUUUCAGAACCCGGGACACGCGCCGGGAAGCCACAUGAGCGGCUUAAACGGGCCCGCCCUGGCGGCGAGCAUGGCGCUGGGUGGCGGUGGCGCCCCAGUGAUGCCGCAUGCGGUGGGGGCGCCCCUGCCUCCUCCUCCACCGCCCACCUCAAAAUGGCUGCCGGCCAUGGAGGAGAUCCCCGAGAACUUUGAGGAGGACGAAUUCGAGUCUGUGCUCGGCCACCUGCAGGGCAAGCGGGCCGACAGCCGCAGCGAGAUCAUGGACGCUAGCGAGCUCGUGGCCGAAAUCAACAAGCUCCUACAGGAUGUACGGCAGAGCUAGAGCUAAGGGCCACAGCCGAGGCUGCUCCAAAGACUAAGACUAUUCCUCUGCCAUGUGACUCUACGAUUGGUUCUUCUGUCUUACUCACUUUCUAUCUCUCUUUACCUUCUGUUAUUCCGUGUCUCUCUUUCUCUCUGUGAGAAAUCCUACCACCCCCCUCUAUCGCCAGAGGGGGAGCUGUGGUGUGGAAAAGAAGAAGAAAAAAAAGAAAACUAGAACAAGUAACUGAAGAACAGGACCUGCAAUUGUCGUUAAAGUUGCAAUUCUGAAGUAUCGUGUUUUUGGUGAAUGCUAAAUAUCCAAAUAAUGUUUGUAUUUUCUUGUUUGGUACACAGUGUACGCAGUGUGAGUGUAUUUAUCUUUGUAUUUUAAAAAUACAAUUUGUAUUCUUUAUAUUUAUAAAAACAAAACCUGUAAAUAACUUUAAACAAUCAGAUGUCUAUUUUUAUAUUUGGAAUGCAUGUUGACACAAGUAAUCAGAAGACAUGCAUCUGUAAAUCUUCAAUAUUUAAGUACUUCAUGUUUUUAUGUCUAUUAUAUAUAAAAUUAUAUAAGUAUAUGAUGGCUUG